AUGGCCAGACCAACGAGAACCGACAGUCUCCUGUCUGCUAUAGACACAAUAGACACCCGCUCGAUACUGUCAAUGCAAGAACUAGACCCUUCGCCCGUCGACGACCCACCUGAUAUUGAGAUUGGGGACUACUUCCCUGAACCGACGAAUCGCGGUGCAGGACAACCUCGAUCUUUUGGCAUUUCGCGUAUAGGACUCAAGCCGCAUAACUGGGAUUAUUGGCUUUCGGCGAUUCAACGAUACUCUACAUAUCCACCUACUGUCUUCUUUGCCCUACAUGCCGUUAAUACCUCUCUCAUACCUCUGGCUACGCGCUCACUGUCCUCAAGUGACUCGUUCUUGUUGCUCACGCGACCAAUUUAUCAAUCCCCCUCCCUCGAACCCGUAAUGGUAGCCCUCCCCAUCGUUGCACAUAUCGCAUCCGGCAUCGCAUUGCGCAGCAUUCGGACCCGCAGACGCGCCAAAAAGUACGGCGCCGAACGACGCAGCCAGCGCUAUCUCAUAAAAUCAUGGCCCGCACCGAGCUUACAGGCGAAACUGGGCUAUGCCAUGAUUCCACUCUUGGGUCUACACGUGGGCGUCAAUCGGGUAAUUCCUCUUGGAAUCGACGGCGGCAGCUCAAGUGUUGGAUUGGGUUAUGUUGCUCAUGGAUUUGCGCGAAGUCCCGUUUUCUGGAAUCUGUUUUAUUUCUUGUUUGUUGCAACUAGCGUAUGGCAUUUGGUAGGCGGUCUUGCGACUUGGAUGGGCAUCAGAGUUACGACUAUUCGAACGGAGAGGGGUUCAAUAUCCAAAACUGCGGGCAUACUUGGUGAAACUCGAGAAGAGAGGGAUAAGCGAAGAAGAAAUAAAUGGCUUGUGCAUGGUAUUGCAGGGCUUACGGCUGCGGUCUGGCUUGCUGGAGCGUUGGGAAUUGUGGGCAGAGCCAGCUCAGGUUCGAGCUGGGAAGUGACAAGCUGGGAUAAGCUUUAUUCGAGUGUGCCUGUUAUUGGGGGGUGGUUGUGA